CACGGUGCUGCCCCAGUCUCGACUUCCUGCCUGCGCCUUCUCGCCCUCCUCUGAUAUCGUCGCCUGUGUAUGAUUCUCGACAUCAGAUAACAGCGACGUACCUCUUACGGCCUUCUAGGCACCCUGCCAACUCCGCCAUUUUCACGUGCCAAUCCCCUCAUCAACAUGGCCAACAGACCAAUCGAAACAGAAGCCUUCCCAAACCUCGAAGAUGAGACAGAGAUACCCAUUGACAGAUCUCAAGAUGGCGCGGUUCCCGACGUCGGUCGCAGAGGUUCCAUUACCUCUCGACUAUCGGCUCAGACUCGUACGCGGACUGGUUCCUUAAUGCAGUCCUUCAUCCAAAGCAACCCUCCUCUGGGAAUGUGGCAGGCCACAGGCGAGGUCGGCUCCAAGAUACCCACAUUACCCGAGAUACGAAACGGAGCAUUUGCAAAUGAGGGCUGGACACAUGAAGGACAAAUGGAACAUCGAGGGACGAAUCCCCAUGAGAUUCACCGACAGAGGAUAGCCCGGACGAGUUCUGCUAGUACCAGGACGAGAAAAAGUUCGCGGUCGACAGGAGCGCCAGAGAUAGUCACAGAGGAAAGACAUGAGUUCUUUCCAAAGAGAACCCCGACAUUGCUGCAGGAGACCUUACACGAGGAAAGCCCGGCCGUGCACUCUCGGGCAGAAGAAAUUCAGCCAGCACAGAGCCCCGAAGAGAAACAUUCAGCAGAGACAAAAGAGAAAGACGCGUCAAUGGCUUCGUCACAGCAAGAGGACGCUCAAGCCGUGCGAAUCCAGGGUGGUCCGGACGAGACAGGCACGUAUCCCAACGGGUACCGCUUCCCCAGGAAACACAGUUGGACUCAAUCCACCGUGAUCGGACUAGGAGCUUUUUGGAAAUUCUUCCUCACGCCCUUCGGCUUUCUCGUAACGAUCUACGGCCUCAACGUGGUCGGUUGGGGUGCCAUGAUUUUCUUCGUCCUCCUCAAUGCUGCACCAGCAAUGUGUCAUCCCACCUGCAACUCGGACGAUAGCGCCCGUAAGAAAUGGAUCGAGAUCGACUCGCAGGUUCUCAAUGCGUUGUUCUGCGUGACAGGUUUUGGUCUCUUACCAUGGCGGGCGCGCGACUUCUACUAUGUCAUGCGCUGGCGAGUGGGAGGCAAUCAGAAAUACCAUCGUAAGCUCGCCGGCAUUUACAGGGGUUGGUACCGUCUACCAGGCUCGGAUCAGCUGGCGGAAGACGUUGGGCCGCCGCCGUCGUACACCAAGAAGAACCCACGCACACCGGAGUCACCUCCGUCUUAUUCAGAAGAGGAAGUCGCCCGCUUAGAGGAAAACCCAGCUGUUCCCCUGCCAGCGACAUCCAUGCCUGAGCCACCUUUGACCGGCAUCCGCGCUCGGCCGUCAAGGUCCUGGUCCAUCGACUUCGUCGUCUACAUGUACAUGCUCAACACGGUCUUUCAAGUCCUCCUUUGUGUCUGGAUGUGGCAUUGGGACCGAUUCACUCGGCCUUCGUGGGGGACGGGUGUAUGGAUCACUUUGGGAUGUUUGAGCGGUAUAUUUGCUGGUGUGAUGGUCUUCAUCGAGGGGAGCAAGGUCAAGCGCGCCGAAGGUAUCCCGGUCCAGGAAUAUGAUGUUCUUGAGUCGGUGGAGGAUUACCACGAGCGCAAAGCGAAGGAGGACAAGAAGGAGGCUAAGAAGAUGGCACGAAACGAGGAUCAUCGCCAUUUUAGACACAGUCAUGCUGGAACUCACGAAGUCGUCCGUUCAGAGAAAUUGAAGGGCCAUCAGUGGUUCACACGGCACUAAGUACUUGUUGAGUUAGCGAAAGGGCUGUCAAAUCGAGUUGCAGCGAGGCGUUAUGGGUAUCGGCUGGACGGUUUUGUAUCAUGGCGGCCUCUCAAAAGCCUGUCUGUCAUAAUCACUGUCUUUGGUAUCCAAUAUGAUAACC